GGCAAUUAUGGCAAAUGGUUUUUAGUUUUAAGCGUUCGAACAGCAAUACGAAUCGAUAUUUUGUACAAAAUUGUUGCGUAUUCGUCGAGUGUACAUACGUUCCGAGUAAUUUUUUAGUUGCGGCUAUAAGUUUUGCGUUCCGAAUUUAAAUAUGACACCGAUAAAGAGAUUAUCGCGAAAAUGUCUAUCGGGUCUUUAUUAUGGCCCGCCGGGCUCUAUGUCGACGUCGAAAAACUAUUUUACGUACGUAAACGAACCCGCGCAGCCCAUUAAGGGCAAAGAGCCGAAAUGGGUUGCCCCCGAGGAGGCAUUUUCGGAAUUACAAUCCGGGCAGACCGUGUUUGCCCAGGGUGCAGCAGCAACUCCAAUUGACCUCCUCAACGCGAUGACUGCCGUCGGCAAAAAGAAACAGCUUCAAAAUAUCACCGUCUGUCACAUGCACACGGAGGGUCCCGCCUCCUACACCGACCCAUCCUGCGAGGGCAUCUUUAGGUCCCUGUCGUUUUUUAUGGGCGGUAACGUGCGCAAAGCCGUCGCCGAAGGCAGGGGCGACGCCGUACCCAUUUUCCUGUCGGAGAUUCCGCAGUUGUUUUAUAAGAAAAUCGUCCAGCCGGACAUCGCGCUGAUCCAAGUAAGCCCGCCGGACGCUCACGGCUACUGUAGCUUGGGAACCAGCGUCGACUGCGUCCGAGCGGGGAUGACCCAUUCCAAGUUGAUCGUAGCCCAAGUGAACCCGAGGCUGCCGAGGACAUUCGGCGACGGCAUCAUUCACAUCAGUCACGUCGACUACGCGGUCAAAGUCGAUACUCCGUUGCCUUCGCACGGUGGCAAACCUCCCACCGAGGUGGAAACCAGGAUAGGCAAGAACAUAGCCGAGAACUUGGUCGAGGACGGAGCCACCCUCCAAAUGGGGAUCGGUAGCAUUCCCGAUGCGGUCCUGUCCGCCCUGAAGGACCAUAAGGAUCUCGGCAUCCAUUCGGAGAUGUUCGCCGGUGGCGUGAUCGAUCUGGUGAACCGCGGGUGCAUCACCAACAACCGCAAAACCAUGCACAAGGGUCGUAUCGUGGGCUCGUUCCUAAUCGGCACCCAGGACCUGUACGAUUUCGUCGACAACAAUCCGUUUAUCGAGAUGUUGGUCGUCGAUUACGUCAACAAUACCGGCGUGAUCGCCAGGCAGCCCAAAAUGACCGCGAUCAAUUCUUGCAUCGAGGUCGACCUUACCGGACAGAUCGUUUCCGACUCGAUCGGCACGAGGAUGUAUUCGGGUUUCGGCGGGCAAGUCGAUUUUAUCCGAGGCGCCGCGGAAGGCACUGACGGCAAAGGCAAACCGAUCAUCGCCCUCCCUUCGUCUACCAACAAAGGCGAGAGUAAAAUCGUGCCCACCAUCAAGCAGGGUGCGGGGGUGGUAACGACGAGAGCCCACGCCCACUACGUGGUCACGGAACACGGCAUCGCGUACUUGUUCGGCAAAUCGCUCCGCCAGAGGGCGCACGCGCUGAUCAAUAUCGCACAUCCCGACCACAGGGAGGUGCUCGAGAAAGCGGCCUUCGAACGGCUCAAAGUCAUGCCGUCGCCCUGAGCGCCACCUCGUAUUGUACAUUUUAUUUUACGACUAAGUGGAAACCCGCGUUUCCGUGUUUAUAUAUUUGUAAGAACAAUAAAAAGGUUUUAUUAGCUAUUAA